GAGAGGCGGCCGCACAGGACCUAGUUACUGCUUAUAAAGGGAGUCUGUGUUUGGGGCCUUGGACUGGCAGGUUGUCUUACCACAUCUGCUUCCAACUUGUCUUCAGCAUGGCGGCCGAUACCGCUGAGCCUCGCGUGGGCUACACCAGCUCAGAUGGUGAUAUCCAGCCUGGCGGUGUCGAGGAUCCGGAGAAGGCAGUGCCUACACAGGAUGCCACCGACGAAGAGUCCGGCACAGCUUCACCUCGACCACACCAGGAGCUGCAGCGGUGGAACGAGUCGAAAGUGAACAUAUUCCGCUUUUUCGCGACUAUGUACUCCUUCUCUUUGUUAGGCAUGACGGACGCGGCUGUCGGUGCUUUGCUCCCCUAUAUCGAAACUUACUACAACAUAAGCUACACUGUGGUCUCCCUGCUCUUCCUCUCGCCCUUCGUGGGCUACCUCCUGGCCGCGCUCCUCAACAACCUGAUCCACCACCACUUCGGCCAGCGCGGCGUCGCCUUCCUGGCCCCGAUCGCGCGGCUGAUCGGCAUCGUCCCGCUGGUCUUCCACCCGCCCUACCCGGUCCUGCCCGUCGUCCUGCUCUUCACCGGCUUCGGCAACGGCAUCGAGGACUCGGCCUUCAACGCCUGGAUCGGCAACAUGCAGCGCGCCAACGAGCUGCUGGGCUUCCUGCACGGCGCGUACGGGCUAGGCGCCACCAUCGGCCCGCUGAUCGCCACAGCCAUGGUCACGCGCGGCGGGCUGGCGUGGUACUCGUUCUACUACGUCAUGAUCGGCCUGGACGGGCUGGCCUGGUUCCUGCUCGUGCCGGCCUUCUGGGGCGCUACGGCCCAGGUGCAUCGCGAGACGCACAGGCAUGCGAACGGCGGCAAGCGGACGACAACGAGGACGGCACUGCGCUCGCCGGUGACGUGGAUCGUCGCCAUCAUCUUGCUGGGCUAUGUGGGUGCCGAGGUGGCGCUGGGCGGGUGGAUCGUCACGUUCAUGCUCCGGGUGCGGCAUGCCGAGCCCUUCAUCGCCGGCUUGACCGUCACCUUCUUCUGGCUGGGGCUGACGAUCGGGAGGGUGGUGUUGGGGUUUGUCACGGAGCGGAUCGGGGAGAAGCUCGCCAUCACGGCAUACCUGUUGCUGUCGGUUGCGCUGGAGCUGCUGUACUGGCUGGUGCCCAACUUUGCGGCGUCGGCGACCUUCGUGAGCUUCCUGGGUUUCUUCCUCGGGCCGCUGUUCCCGGCCGCGAUCGUGGUUGCCACGAAGCUGCUGCCGAGCGACUACCAUGUGCCGACAAUCGGGUUUGCCGCAGCGUUCGGCGGCGGUGGUGCGGCGGUGAUUCCGUUCGCGGUCGGCGCGAUUGCGCAAAGCAAGGGCGUCGAGGUGCUGCAGCCGAUUGUGCUGGCCAUCCUGGUGGCCAUCCUGUUGAUGUGGUGGAUGUUGCCUGGCGGGCUGAGGCCGGGAGGCUUGGAAAAGGCAAGGGAGAACGGCGACCGGGUUGGAGAUAUGUUCAGGACGAGUGCUGGCUGGUUCAAAGGGCGGUUACAAGCUACGACUGCGUGAGCAGAAGACCCAUUUGCUUUUAUUAGGUGGCACGCACGUAGCGCAGUCUUAGAUUUUUUCUUACGAUCCCGUUUCGAUGAAUGGUUUCUAAAGCUAUUGACUUUCC